UUUUUUUUUUAAACGCUCCAUAUAAUCAACCAUGGUCACCUUCUCAACUGAUUACUGGGCUCCUGCUAUGGAGGUGAAUGUCCGCCGACGGACCGAGAAACCAUCCUAUCAUAUCAGCAAUAACCCUCUUUCAACUCAGAACCUCUUCACUCAUGAAAACAACUGGAACACCCUUCGACAGGUCCCCACGAUUGACUCCUCCAACUCCUCAACCAGUAUCGGAGUCGUUGAUCAGGUCGCUUUGAAAAAGACAUUCCACCCCAGUAGCAACACCAACACCAACAGUAAACCUACACCAUUACCAGUCCCUACAAAGAAGCACACAUUUAUUCACAAGAUCUUUCAUCAUGAGCCUAAAUCAAACUCAACCAGUCCACCUGCUUCGCCCGACCAACGAACCAACCCACUUGAGGAGGAUCCUUAUUUGUUAUCCAGCUCUGCUCCUUGGGAAAAGAAGAACGUCUUCAAUCUGGCUAACGUUCUCCAUCGGGGUGCUUCUUCCAAUUUCGGAAGUGAUCGAGCCGCCUUGGCAGGGACUGGCACACCAGACCCUCAUGCGCUCAAGAAAGCAGUUGAUUGUACAUUACUCAAGAAGUAUGGACUCUGUGACAAGGGAAACAUCGGCCAGGGCGCCACGGCAGUAGUGCGCUUGGCCCACAAGCUCUCAUCUCAGGACGAUUCCGAAAAGUUGUAUGCAGUCAAAGAGUUUCGAAAGCGCAGAAAGAACGAGUCUGAGAAAGAAUAUGUCAAAAAGUUGACUAGCGAGUUCUGUAUCUCGUCAACGCUACAUCAUGAGAAUGUUGUGGAAACUGUUGAUCUUGUUCAGGAUGAACAACAACAUUGGUGUGAAGUGAUGGAAUAUUGCUGUGGCGGUGAUUUGUAUAAUGCCAUUAAGCACGGUCAGAUGUCCAGGGUCGAAAUCGAUUGCUGUUUCAAGCAGCUCAUGAAUGGUGUCGCAUAUCUUCAUUCCAUGGGCGUAGCACAUAGAGAUAUCAAGCCCGAGAACUUGCUACUAGAUGGCAAAGGCAAACUCAAAAUUACGGACUUUGGUGUCUCUGACGUUUUCCGGAUGUGUUGGGAAAAGACACCACAUCUUUCGAAGGGUCUUUGUGGAUCAGAGCCCUACAUUGCUCCAGAAGAGUUCAAGAAUAAAGAGUACGAUGCUCGUCGAGUCGACAUUUGGGCUUGUGGUAUUGUCUAUUAUUGUAUGGUUUACCAAGGCAUUCCCUUCCGUUCUGCCACGGCUCAAGACCCUAAUUACCAACAUUUCCUUGAAAUGCGUGGCGUCAACAACUAUGAACCUUUUGAGAAGCUACCUGUGGGCUGUCGAAAGUUGAUGAAGAGAAUUCUAGACCCCAAUCCUGAAACCCGAAUCACAAUAGAAGAAAUCAUGGAGGAUGAAUGGUUCAAGAGUAUUGAGACAUGUAUCCAUGGUGAAAAUCAAAACCCUCAUCGUCACUCAUCUUCGCCAAGUUCGUAAGAAAUAGAAGAACAAGAGUGGAAAUGCAUAACUCUUCAAAAGCGUUUCUCUCACCGAAUAAAGAAGGUUCUGUGAUGUUUAUUUCCUCAUUUAAGUACAAUAUUUAUAC